GCCACGUGAGGGUGCCGCGCGCUCCCAUUCGCCCUCGCGGUCUUCCAAUCAGCGUCGAGCGGCUGCGUUCAAAUUGAGAGGGGCGCGGGGCGAGGCGGUUGGCGAGCGAGCGAGGUUGGAGACUAGAGGCGGCUAGUUGUUCGUUCCCCUCCUUCUUUCCUUCCCUGGAGGCCGCCCUCUUCAGAAUGGCCCACAAGCAGAUCUACUAUUCCGAUAAGUACUUCGACGAGAACUACGAGUACCGGCAUGUGAUGUUGCCAAGAGAGCUCUCAAAACAAGUACCAAAAACUCAUCUAAUGACUGAAGAGGAAUGGAGAAGACUUGGUGUUCAGCAGAGCCUUGGCUGGGUCCACUACAUGAUUCAUGAGCCAGAACCACACAUCCUCCUUUUUAGAAGACCACUUCCAAAAGGCCAGCAGAAAUAACUUCUCUCAACUUCUGGAACCUUGUGUAAAUAUGUUGGUAGUAUUCAGUGAAUACUUGAGAAUGUACAAAUACGUCAUUACCUGUGCAUGAGCUGUAUUAUUCACAGCAACAGAGCUCAGUAAAGUGCAAACGAAGUAGGCUGCUAUGGUCUUAAACUCUCUCACUGUUAACAAGUGCCUAUUUGUCUAUUUUUGUUCAAUAAAGUUUACAACUUACAUGUAAUGAAUGCGUUGAGAGAAUCUUAGGAAAUCUAUGGUUUUUGUUCUUAGUAAUACCUCCCUCCAGCUGUUGGAGUAAUUCGUUCAAUGGCUUUUCAACUGUUGAAGUAGGUCUGGAGAAAUAAAUCUGUUUUUAACAUUGGA